AUGGGUUCUAUUUCGCCCGAACAUGAUUUUGAGGUCCUCGUGAUCGGAGCAGGGAUCUCAGGGAUCUACAUGCUAUACAAACUACGCGAGCUCAACAUCUCUGCCCGAGUCCUUGAAGCUGGCAGCGGCGUAGGCGGGACAUGGUAUUGGAAUCGAUACCCCGGGGCACGGUUUGACUCUGAGAGCUGGACCUAUGGCUAUUCGUUCUCCAAAGACGUCUUGAAGGAGUGGGACUGGAAGGAACAUUUCGCUCCUCAAGCCGAGACGGAAAGCUAUCUCAAUUUCGUGGUCGACAAAUUCAAGCUUCGCGACGGCAUCCAGUUCCAGAGUCGCGUUCGCUCGGCACACUACGACCAGGCGCGUAACCAGUGGAAAGUGACGACCGAGUCGGGGGAAGUGUUCAGCGCGCACUUUCUCGUCACGGCCAUCGGCGCCCUGACCAACCCGGUCCUGCCACGGAUCCCGGGCAUUCCCAACUUCAAGGGGGCUUGGAGCCACACAGGUCUCUGGCCCAAGGAAGGGAUCGACUAUGCGGGAAAACGGGUUGCGGUGAUAGGGACAGGUGCCACCGGCAUACAGACCAUCCAAGAGGUGGCCAAGUCGGCGGGCACUUUGACCGUCUUCCAGCGCCGACCGAAUUGGUGCUCGCCGCUGGGCAACCGAAAGAUCGACGCCGAAGAAAUGGAGAGCAUUCGAGCGCGCUACGACGAGAUCUUCUCCAUCUGUAAAACGACGCCGGGAUGCUUCAUCCACCAAUUUGAUUCCCGCAGUGUCUUUGACGUCUCGCCAGAGGAGCGGGAAGCGUUCUGGGAGAAGCACUACCAUGAGCCUGGCUUUGGUCUGUGGAUGGGCAACUUCCGCGACGUCUACACGGAUAAAAAGGCCAAUGCUCUCCUGAGCGAAUUUGUCGCAAAGAAGAUCAGGGAGCGCGUCAAAGACCCCAAGGUGGCCGAUAAACUUAUUCCCAAGGACCACGGGUUCGGCACCCGCAGGGUCCCGCUCGAAACGCGAUACCUCGAAGUAUACAAUCAGGAGAACGUCGAGUUGGUGGAUCUGAAUGAGGAGCCCAUCGAGCGCAUCACGGAGAAGGGGAUCCAAACGUCGAAACAAGAGCGAGAAUUCGACGUCAUCAUCUACGCUACUGGAUUCGACCCUGUGACCGGAAGCUUUAAUGCCAUUGAUAUUGUCGGCGUUGACGGGCAGCGGCUGAAGGAAUUAUGGGCUCCGGGACCAAAGACGCAACUGGGGUUCUUGGUCUCAGGGUUCCCGAAUAUGCUGAUGGCCAUGGGUCCGCACUCGGCUCUUGGGAAUUUCCCACGCAGCAUCGAAUACAGCGUCGAAUGGAUCGCGGAUCUCCUUGGAUAUGCGCGCGACAAUGGCGUCUCCGUGAUCGAGGCAACGGAACAAGGCCAGAAGGCAUGGACGGAGCAUGUCAGAACCUGCAGCGACGGGCUGUUGGUCAACGAUGUCGAUUCCUGGAUCACGGGGGUCAACAGCAACGUUGACGGCAAGAAGACGCGGACCUUGGUCAUCUACAACGGCAGUGCGGUGGACUACCGAGCUCGCUGUGACGAGGUGGCUAGAGAACGAUACAAGGAAUUGUCGCUGAAGCCUUGA